CUUACAGGAAGUGCAUUCAGGUGGCAGGGCUCUGGGACUGAAGCACAGCCAGAUGAAGGAAGACGGCAGUGGUAACACCCAAGGCAGAGGGAAUAUAAAAGCUUUGAGUUCUUUUGCAAGCAGUGGGAAGCAGAAUUGCUUCCGAUUGUUCACCCUGCUGGAAUGACUCAGCCACCAAGCAAUUUUCCUUCAUUCUGUUCUUCCCAUGGAAGCUGAAUUUAGUUCAUUUUGAUUAUGCUCUAAUUUCUGCCUACUAGCAACCUGUCCCUACCCCCCUUCUUCCCACCCAACCCUUUAAUUAUCUAGAUGGAAGGUACAUCUUCAUUAUACCCCCGCCAUUGGAAGCCCAGCUCCGUGGAGGCUCUGAAGAGCUGCUUUUCUAGCAAAGGGAAUUAGUAUACAGCUCUGCAUACCUCUGAACCAUAAUAAUAAUGCUUGGUGCAUAUGUAAUGCCUCUCAUCUUCUUAAGUGCUGCAUAGACAUUAAAUGUAAUUAAGCCUCACAACAUCCCUUUGAGGCAGGUUAAGAGGGGCGUGGAAAAUUGGAGGGAGAUCAGGGAGCAAGAGGCUGACUUAGAUGGAAAGAUUAAAAGAGCUGAAUGUGUCUCCCUGGACUCAGCAUGGCUGACAGGAGGGGGUGGUAGCCAUUAGCGGUGGUCAGGUGCUGUGUGUGCCAAGUUCCCACGAACACGCUCCAUUUCCAAAAGCAGGUCAGCUUGACCACGAUCAUUCACCUUAAGCUGUCAGUGAGAGGCAACACUUCAGUGAUCAAAGCAGACUUUGCAGGUUCACAGCUUCCAGGGACAGCGAGAUCUUUGCUAUGACUGCAGCACAACGUCUCUCCACCCAUAGCCAGGACAUCUCCCUAGAAGAAACACCUGGGGUCUCCUCUCUGCACUACAUGCCCUCAGCUCAGGGACGUCAUGGGGAGUGUCAGUAGCCUCAUCUCUGGCCACAGCUUCCACAGCAAGCACUGCCGGGCUUCCCAGUACAAGCUCCGCAAGUCCUCCCACCUGAAGAAGCUGAACAGGUACUCAGACGGGCUUCUGCGGUUCGGCUUCUCCCAGGACUCCGGCCACAACAAGUCCAGCUCCAAAGGCAACAAGAAUGAGGACUUCUUUUACAUCAAGGUCAGCCAGAAAGCCCACGCCACCCACCGGACGGACUAUACCUCAUUGUCCAGCGGGGACCAGGCCGGGGCGACUGGUAUGGACUAUGGCAGCCACACGCCACAGAAACUGAUGCCAUUUUCCAAUCAGCUAGAACUGGGUGCAGAGAAGAGUGCUUCCAGGCCCACCGCCUUCAAGCCAGUGAUCCCCCGGUCAGGUGCCAUCCUCCAUUCCUCUCCAGAAAAUGGCAGUCACAUUUCUCAACAGCUGCAUCCUCCAGAAAAAACCAAGGACCAAGAACUCAAGCCCACGUUGUGCUCUGGAGCUUUGUCUGACUCUGGAAGAAACUCUAUGUCCAGCCUCCCGACCCAUAGUACCAGCAGCAGUUACCAGCUGGAUCCCCUGGUCACCCCCGUUGGGCCCAUCAGCCGCUUUGGAGGCUCAGCCCACAACAUCACCCAGUGCUCCAUCAUCCAAGAUAGUAACAUGAUGAGCCUCAAGGCCAUGUCCUUCUCAGACAGUGGCAACAAGAUCAUCAACCCCGGGAAAGCUGCUCACCACGCCUCUGAGAAAACCUCCUGCAUCCGGUCCCCUAUCUCCACCGACGAGUCCACCAUCCAAGAGCUGGAGCAGAAGCUGCUGGAGAGGGAAGGGGAGCUUCAGGAGCUCCAGUCCAGCUUUGAAGAGAAAGAAGUCACCUCCUGCCAGGUCUAUGAAGAGAAGCAGAGGCGCUGCAAGGAGGAGAUGGACGGGCUGAAACAGAAGUGCAACAGCAAGCUCAAGCAGACCAACCAGAAGACUCAGCGGACGCAGCAGGUCCUGCACCUCCAGGUGUUUCAGCUGCAGCAGGAGAAGCAGCAGCUCCGUGAUGAGCUGGAAAAGCUCAUGAAAGAGCAAAACUUGCUGGAGACCAAGCUGAGAUCCUGUGAGAAGGAGAAGACCAACUUUGCCCCAGCGCUGGAAGAAACUCAGUGGGAGGUCUGUCAGAAGUCUGGUGAAAUCUCCCUCCUGAAGCAGCAGUUGAAAGAGUCUCAGACAGACCUCAAUGCCAAGACCAGUGAGAUCCUGAGUCUGAAAGCCCAGCUGAAGGAUGUGAGAGGGAAAAUGGAUGGGGUGGAGAUGAAAACCCAGAAUAUGGAGGAUUCUUUGCACACAAAGACCAUGGAGCUGGAGGUGUGCGAGAACGAGCUCCAGCGCAAGAAGAAUGAGUCAGAGCUGCUAAGGGAGAAGGUGAACCUACUGGAACAGGAGAUUGUGGACCUCCGGACGGAGCUGACCAUCCUCAAGGAGCAGUGGAACGAAGGGAGGGAUGGGGCAGCCCCUGUCAACCCAGCCAGCGGGAAAAUGGAGGAUGUCCAAGCCCUUCAGGGGGACUUGGAGAGGCUGAAGGCAGAGCUCAAGGCAGAGCGAGACAACAAUGAGCAGAUGACCUCAAGUUUCCAGCAUGAGCGGCAGGUCUGGAAGGAGGAGAAGGAGAAGGUGAUCCAGUACCAGAAGCAGCUGCAACAGAGCUACCUGCACAUGUACAAGAGGAACCAGAACCUGGAGAAGAUGCUCCAGCAGCUGGCCGCAGGGGAGGAUGGCAAAGAGCCCAUCGACCUGGACAUCCACGGCACUGACGUCCCCUAUGAAGACAUCAUUGCCACCGAGAUCUGAGGAGGCCUGCUCCCUGUCCCUCCACACCUGGGCAGUGGGGAGGGAGGCCUCUCUUAGGUGAGGACAGAGGAGUACAUCCUGGCAGCUCAAUCCAUGCCAGGUGGCCCGUGUAAAGUUCGGAUGAGCUGUGUGUGUAUUAGCCGAGCCGGCUGCCCAGCCAGCUCGUGAGCCCCCAGUGUUGCACCAGGACGGUGCCCCAGCUGCCUGUCGUGUUGCAGAGGUGAAAAAGCCGUGUGUGCCAAUGGUGACGUGCCCAUCAUCUGCUCCUCGUGUCUGAUGCAUCCUUUGCAAGGUGCUUGCUGCCCUUGCUCAUAGGACUGAGAAGCGGGAAAGGGGUGGGGGGUGGGUGGGAGGGGAACAGGACUUUAGCAAACAACUCUUCUAUCAGGGAAUUAUAUGACACUGGCCAAAAAUUCCCAGGAGUCCAGAGGGACCACUGGGUCAGUGACUUGAAGGAAACCAGCCUCCUUUCAGCAAAUAAUACGCACACUGGUCCAGUCCCUGGAACAGGGAGACUAGGGACACCGCCACUCUUCCUCCUGUGCACUACAGGAAACGAUUAACACCCCAUUUUAGCCACUGAACCCUGGCCCAAGGCCUGGGGAACAUGCAAAGCUGCUCUAAAACAUUCAUCUUCCUCCAGUUGAUUCUGGUUUCUCAGAUCUGUAAGCUUUUAUUCCACCAGAGACCUGUGGAAGCCUUCCAGGCUCCAGUUGCUAAGGGCUGAGUGGGUCUUUACCAUGCUGGUGACUUGGAUUCAAAUCUUGCCGAGCUUUCUUUUUCAUUCGAUUAACACAGAGUGCCUCAAGAAUGACCAGCCUUCAGCUAGUUCAGGCCCCAGGAUAAGCUGGCUUGACAUGAGCCCAUCCAUCCACUUGGCUGGUGUGCUAAUGGUUGGCAUGUGCAGGUGAGGGAAGAGGGAUUAGAGGAUCCCGUCUGGUUUCUGGGAGGCAAACGGAUGAGGAUUGAUACCAGGUGCAACAGAAAACAAGUUCCAAGAGCCACCAGGAAAAGUCAACUGCUCUGAAGGGCGCAUCUGGGCUCACGAGCUCCCCUUGCCCAGACCACUUCAGAGCAAUGAAAUCCAGGCUCCUGCAGCCAGUCAGGAUAAAGGACAGAAGCUGCACCAAAAAAGGCUGAAAAAUUCAAAAGAAUUUUGAAAAGGAAACCCUAAGGUGCUUUGCAAACACUUUUACUGAAAACUGUUCGGUAUCCAAAAAGCUAAGCUGAAAACAAUUGCCAGGGUUUGGCUUUUGAGGCCUUGUCCCCAGUUCCUAACCCGGCAUCCAUUCUUUCCACCAAAAUCCAUCUUCUCCAGAUUAGCUAACCAUUUCCCACGUAGCGCCUUAUUAAAUGCUGAACGCCACAGGUAUUAGGUUGACUACGCUUCUCUGUUUAGAAAACUGGUUAUCUUAUCAAAAACUCGCAUUGCGGUUUGCCCCAUUUUCCAUUUACCUCCAUGUCCCAUCAUUAAUCUUCCCGUCUGAUCUGCAACUCCUUAUGCUAUUCCCAUCGUGAGGAAACCUAGCGAACUCUCAAUUCCUGGUGAUCCUACCCAUCUUCAGCUCUGGACAAAACGGAUCCACUGUGCCGCACCUCUGCCCAGCCUCUGCCGUGCCAGCGCUGAGCUUCCAACCUAGCUCAGUUUUGAGCCGUGCCACCCUUUUCUUUUCUAGCCCUGGUUCUUGGGAAGAGUAAACUGCACCAAGCCUGUGAAUUGGUGGCAGCAAAUGAUUUGACAGAGUUCUGGGAAACUCACUGCCCUUGUGAUCUGAUGAAGAUUCGAAGCUCGGGGACUUGAUUCUUGCUUUCUGUGCAGCCAUUUAUAUAAAGUGCCAAGUGGGCGUGAGAUGCUGUCAGAUUGGAACAGUAGCAUUUUACACCCACUUUCUCCUGGCAUAAAUCACCGCAGAUGGCUGCGAUGCUGAAUCAGGCCCCAGAUUUACAAAGGGGAAGGCUAUUGCACUAUCGUCCUCCCUGCUGUACCUGCCAGCCAGGUAGCUGAGUGUAGGGACAUCUCUAUCACAUAAAGAACAAGCAUUUAUCUGAAUUUCCAAACCGCACUCCUCCCUGGAGAAACACUGCAGAAGCCACUGGUGUUAGUUACUCCAAGGGAGGAUUCGGCCCAACAUGCAUCAUACCCAGCUCGGAGGCAAUUUCUCUCUUCUUUGUGACUGAAUCCCCCACACUUUCUCGCCUAUCAAAUGCUGGCUGCCUUAUUAUUCUCCUCUGUGCCAUUAAGUCAGUGGGUUCCAGGCACAGCAGUUGACAGGAGCUGGUAAAAGAAAAUGAUCUCAUUUUGUUUUCUAGCCACCGUCUUAAAUCUUCCUCCUGCCUGUAAUGGGAAAACUCCAGCAUAGAAAUGAGCUCCAGGGAGCUCGGCACCUGCUAAAUGCUGCUCCAAGCCCAUGUGGCUGCACUGUCCAGUUUUACCCCCAGAGAGGUGCGAACAGGGUCAGCCUCCAAUGGGCCAGGAGGUGAGAAAUCGGGUUCUCAUCCACAAGCCUUUGUCAUGCUCAGGGGCCUCCUCCCUUUUGGCCUGAAACGAACCUAAGGAAAAAGAAAAAAAUUCUAUCUCC